UUUUGCCGCCAUCGUGGAGGCAGAUAAGCCGUUGACCCGCCAAACCUCGUCGUCAACAGCUCAAAAGAUCCGUUUACACCAGCGUGUUCAUAACCAAUUUUUUUGCGAUCGCUUUGUACUGAUAAUCCUGCCUGCUAAUUGAUAUUAUUUUGACCAGCAGCUUGGAUCUACUGAUUUUUAGUGAUUUACAUUAUUGGUGAUUGUUCGGAGAUCGUGAAAUGGCUAAAGUACAAUUGGCAAACGUUGCUGUGCUUGAUAAUCCGUCACCAUUUCUCAAUCCGUUUCAAUUUGAAGUUACUUUUGAGUGCAUAGAAGAAUUACAAGAAGAUCUAGAAUGGAAGAUGAUUUACGUUGGCAGCGCUGAGUCUGAAGAGUUUGAUCAAGUUCUUGAUACUAUUUACGUUGGACCCAUUCCUGAAGGCAGACACAUGUUUGUUUUUCAAGCUGAUCCACCAGAUGUGAGCAGAAUUCCAGUCAAUGACGCAUUGGGAGUCACUGUCGUCCUCCUUACCUGCUCGUAUAGAGGCCACGAAUUUGUACGUGUUGGUUAUUUUAUAAAUAACGAGUACACGGACCCGGAACUCAGGGAAAAUCCACCAGCGCAGCCACAAUUUGAUAAAGUACAGCGCAAUAUACUGGGGGACAAGCCGCGAGUUACGAGAUUUAAAAUAAACUGGGAUGAUGGUGUUGGGCCUGCAGACACGGCUGAGAAUCCAGCCAAUGAUUCGAUGGAUCCGUCUCAAGAUAUGGAAGACAGUACUCAGGAAGAAGCUCCAACGGCUCUGAGUUUCACUGAAAACACACAGAGUAGUAUGGAAGUCAUGUGAAAGUAUGUUUGUCGUAUUAGAAUAUUUAUAGAUAUAAUUAUAAUUAUGAUUAUUAAGGAUAGAUAACAAAAUAUAAAGGAUUAUUUUGAUAAUUA